AUGUGGAUCCAAAACUGCUCGAGAAGGAGACGUAUAGGAGGUCAUCCAUUUGCGAAAACACUGGAAACAUUUCGUCACUGGAUCAAGCAGCUCUGGUUUGCGCAAUACUCACGAGCGCGAGGCAUCCCUGAUACAUCAGGAUUCGAGCACAUCUUCAUGGGCGAGUUUAAAAAAGGCGAAGUCAGUGGUAUGCACUCAUGGCUGCGAUAUUACUUGCUCGAACGGAAUGCAUCGCAACAGCUUCAUUAUCUUGGCUUCAGCGCUAGACGAGCUAAUGUAAUGGCUACAGUGAAAUUCACAUGGAAAAAUAAUUUGAAGCCGAGUGGGUCAUUUUUCAUCGGAAGCAGUCCGGAGUUCGAAAUGGCGGUCGACACGCUUUGCUUCCUUACCUCCCGGCCCCGUGGUCCAUGCAAAUUCGAACUGGAACAGUGCCCGUUCUCGAUGACCAGUUACGAUUUGAUCCAGAAAGAGAAACUUUACAUUGGCACGAUUUAUCCCACUGCUGGAAAGAUGACCGACACGUGUCGUCGAUGUAACAUUAAUGGUGCCAAGAACUGUAUGUGA